AUGCGACUCCCUACACUAUUUACAGUGAAUUUUCUCAUCAAUUCAUUUCGAAAGGUCGAGUCAACACCAACACACCACGACACCCCAGCUCCGAUCCAGAAUCGUGGUGCCAGAAAUUAUUUCAAUUUAUCGACAACCGCGGAGUUACUCGUUGCAUCCCGCCGACUGUAUAUCAAAUACCAAGACAGGACAACACCCGCUCACUAUACCAGCAGCUGCGAUCCGCGAGUCGACCAGCUCCCGCUUCGGAGAUACACGCCGUCUGUACAUCAAGUCAGGACAACACUCGCAAUAUAUAACAACAGCAUAGAUCCGCCAGUUGCGAUUCCCUCGAGAUACAUUCUCGUCAGGAACGAUUGGUCCUCGCGAUCCGCGGAUGCAAAUGGAGCUCCCGAAGCGGUAAUCGACCAGCUCCCGCCGUUCCUCGGCUUCAAUGUUAUCGAGCAUCAUCACACCUCGAUUCCCCAGCUCCUACCCAGAAUCGUUGUGCCUGAAGUUAUAUUUACUCAUCGACAACCUCGAAAGUUAAUUUUGGAGACACUCAUAGCAUCUCGCCGUCUGUACAUCAAGUACCAAGCCAGGACAACAUCCGCUCACUAUACCAGCAGCUUCGAUCCGCGGUUGCAGUUCCCUCUAGAUAGAUUCUCAUCAGCGACGAUUGGUCCUCGCGAUCCGCUGAUGCAAAUAGAACUCCCGAAGCAAGGUGCAGCCCGUCAAUACGAGCUCGCUGUUUCGAUAGUUUUUUUCUGGUAA